AUGACGGAAUUGCAACCGGGUAACAACAAUCAGCACCCAAACGGCGGCGCUCCUCCUCCCCUGCCGUCAACUUCAGCCGAAACGCUGGGUAUCACCGCCGCCGGAUCGAAACGAUUGAGGAGACCAAGCGUUCGAUUAGGCGAAAUCGGCGGCGACAGUUACCAGCACCACCACGCGGCGUACGAUUCGCAACAAGGUCGGAAACCGAAAUGGACAUCGACGGCGGCGGCGGCGGCGGGGAACAGAAAAGACUCGAGCAAAUCGUCGAGGACUCGAGCCCUAUCGAAUUUGAGUUCUGGGUACGAGAAUAGCGGAACCCUAGACGACGAAAGAGAAGGGAAUGUGGAUUCUUUUGGGGUUGGGAGUUGGCGGGUGAAGAAACGGGUCGGGUCAUCGACCGGUGCGGUUACUACGGCGACGACAGCGGCGAAACGAGUCCGAUCCAAUUGGGUGUCGAAAGUUGGGGAAAUCGACCAUGGAGACGAGAAGAUCAGCGGAGGGGAAGAAUUGGAAGGUGGGUUUAGGGAUUUCAGCAGAGAAGACUCAGAGAGUCCGAUCAAAGAAGAGUCUUUGGUGAGAGACGGUGGGUUUUAUCAUGGUAGGAGAAGAUACGAAAGCAACAAUAGCAGUGGGAACAAGGAGUUCGAGUUAUCAGAGCCGUCGAAUAUGGACGGAGUUGGUGGCGGAGGAGGAAGAGAAGGGGUUAAGAUUUGGCUGCAAGAGUUAGGGUUAGGGAGAUAUUGGCCAAUGUUUGAGAUACAUGAGGUUGAUGAAGAGGUGUUGCCGUUGUUGACGUUGGAAGAUUUGAAAGAUAUGGGGAUCAAUGCUGUUGGGUCGAGGAGGAAGAUGUUCUGUGCGAUCCAGAAGCUUGGUAGAGAGUUCUCAUGA